AUGGACGCCAAUGCAGACGGGUCCGAGCGUCGCUACGUCCGGUCGAGCGACCGCCGCUUGGCCGAAGUGGCAGCUCAAGCAGCCGCGCGGUUCGACCUGGACGAGUUGCAGUAUCGACGGUGCGAAUCCAAUGGCGUCAUGACCGAGCACGUAAUGGACGGCACCAUUGUGACUGCAACAAGUAUCAUCGAGUGCUCGCUCGCCGAGAUGCGGGGGCUCUUGGCGGCGCCCACGAGCGAACGCUACGCGUGGGUCAUGCGCGAACUCGUCGGUCGGGACUUUAUCUACGGCACGAUCGUGCACCGCGCGAAGGAGGUGGCGACGCAGGACGUGACGGUCCGCACAGCGACGUUCCUCAAGCGCCACAUGCUCGCACGCAAUGAACAAUGGUGCUUCGUGUGUGCGCUCAAGACCUGUGAGGCGACCCAACGCGAGGGCUUCACGGUCACCAUGGCGUCGCAGCAUCCGGAUGACGUGUUCGCGGGCAAAGCUCAAGCUGCCAGCGUCGCACACAUCCAGGGCGUCACGGGGUUCUACCUCGUCACGGCCGAGCCACAGAAAACGACGAAAGCAGGACGCACGAAGCGAGCGGUCCGCGUCACCUUUUGCGCCCACGUGCCAACAGCUUUGAGCCCGGGACGGCUUGCACCGUUUCGGUGGCUCCAGUUGACGAAGAAUGGACCGAAAGUGACCGACGCCUCGAGCAGCAUGGCGCUCGCACGGGUCGUCGAGUUUGCCCGCUCACUGAAGCAGUACCAGAACGCUGUGUGCUGGCGUCGACUGGACGCACAAGUGUUUGUCGACUUGCAAAAGGUGCAGCCGACCAACACCCGUUGUGCGUGCUGCACGCGUCGCGUGGAUGUCGUCAAGCGAAUCUUUGGGACGGCCCGAGUAGGGACGGCGUCGUCGCGACGCUCGAAGCACUGCCACUUGUGUGGCUUCCUUGCCUGCGCUCAUUGUCUGCGCUCGAUCGACCAGGCCCCACCGUCGAACGAGAGUUUACAGCGAGCGAAGCAAGGUGUCAAGUACAGCCGAGUGGUGCACGUGUGCGACCACUGCAUGCAGCGCAUUGACGAUGCCGACUACGACAGUCUCUGCGCCACCGAAGGCAGCACGGCAACGUCUUCCCAGAUACAGCCUGAUGGACCGAGCGUGGAGCCCGCGAGUGCUGUGAUUGCCCAGUCGCUCAGUCAAGUGCUUAGUACCGCUUCGGAAGCAGAGAAGGCUGUUGUCGUCCGAGUCAUCAAGCACAUCAUCAGCUCAACGCAUACUGGCAACUUUCGUGCCGACUCGAGUGAUUUGACCGUGCGACUUGUUCAGUUGGCAAAGGAGUAUAGCUUUUCCGGCGAGAUAGUUCAUCAUGAGCCAAAAGCAGUGCCUGAAGUCACGCCUGAACUUCCAGCAAGUCAUGACCUCCAUCCGCUUGCAGAUAGCCGGGGACGUCAAUAUGAGCUGCAACUUGCGGAUCUAUGCGACAACAAUGCCAACGACGUGAAAGGGGCUCAAGGAAAUGAAGAUGAAGAAGCUCCAGAAGAUGAUGAAGGGGAGGUCGAUGCCAAAAAAGUUCGCAAGGGGAUCGACAUCGCACGCCACCCGAAGCCAGCCGAUGAACGCCGACGGCUGCAGUGGAUUGACGAACACCCAAACAUCGUGUCGCAUGUGAUGAAUCUCCCGGAUCUAGAGCUGAUCUGCAAUAUCGCUUGUGGAGAGCUACAAUGUGCUGCGACGAUCGUUACUCUUAUCGGACCUCACGCAGCGCACGUCGUGGCGUCUACUGAACCGGCUUGGCGAGGAGGUCAGCUUCCUCGUGAUCACUCCAUCUGCGCCCACGUCCUCAUGAACGACGACCCGCUACUCGUUCCCCAUCCAGAAGCGGAUGUACGCUUCAGCUCAAUGGACCUGGUGUGUCGCGAUGGCGUACGCUUUUACUUUGGCUUUCCAAUCAAGAUCAACUAUCCGGAAGGUGGCGGCUCUACUGCCGUCGGGACAUUCUGCUGCAUUCACGUUGGCAAAAGCCGCGAAGUGUCGGAAUCCCAGUAUACGCUCAUGGCGACUCUUGCUGGCGGUGUCACACGUGUGAUGGAGUCCCGGGCAGCAAGUUUACUGGAGGGCUAG